UCUUCAAUCAGUACACUUGUUUUUGAGUGCCACCAAGAUGAAGUCAUUCUUCGUCUGUCUGCUCGUUGGUUACGUCUGCGCCACUGGUUCUUUAACUAGCAACGCUUGGAAAUCAAACACAGAAUACCAAUACAAAGUCCAUGGACGUACAUUAGCAGCAUUACACGAUGUUGCUGAUCAAUAUGUUGGUGUACUUGUACGAGCCAAUCUUCGAAUUAAUCCACGUACGAAUGACCUUCUCAGUGCUCAAAUAACCAAUCCAGAAUAUGCCCAAAUUCAUGUCAACUUACCAGGUGGUUGGGAAUCAGAAAUUCCUCAAGAACAACUUCACUACAAACCCUUACCUCUGAACAAUAAACCAUUUGAAAUUGAACUCGUAAAUGGUGUUGUCAAGCAAGUUUUGGUUGAAAAAAAUAUCCCAAAUUGGGAAGCCAAUUUAAUUAAAUCAUUGGUAUCUCAAAUUCAAGUUGAUAUGCAAGGUCAAAACUUGAUGUCAUCACGUUACAAUCAAAAACCUGAAAUGAAUGAAAACAGCGGCAACUACAAAACGAUGGAGGACACAGUCACUGGAAAAUGUGAAACUCUUUACGAUGUUUUCCCUCUGCCAGAACAUGUUUUACAAAACAGACCUCAAAUUGCACCUUUACCAGAUCUUAAAGGUGAUGGUGAAAUUAUUGGUAUUGUUAAAACUAAAAACUACAGCAACUGUGAUCAAAUUGUGGAAGCACACUUUGGAUUACCAGAGACAUUCACUGAAAACAUUAAUGGAAAUUUGAAAAACUUUUUAUCUAAAUCAUCCAUCAGUUUGGUUGUAAUUUCUGGAAAUCUUAAACGUUACACCAUUCAAUCAUCAGUAACCACAAACAAAAUUAUCGUCAGCCCAACAUUAUACAACAGCCAAAAUGGUAUGGUUGUAAGUCGCUUCAAUAUCACUUUAGAAAAAGUACAAUCAUCCACAGAAGAAAAACCUAAAUUGCAAUCACCAGUUUCCGUUGGAAAUCUCGUAUACUCUUACAACAGUCCAUUCGCUGCUGAAAAUCAAGUUCAUGCCGGAAAACCAAACACAGUACGUCAAUCAGUUAAUAGAAAUGAAAUUGAUUUUGAUAGCGAAAGCAGUGAAGAACGUAGAAAUCACGAAAAACGUGAACGGUCAACUCGCUCCAUCCACUCCGAUAAAUGGGGCCGAGAUAUGUCAUCAUCUGAUUCCAGCGAAGAAACUAGCGAUAGCAGUUAUGAUGCUGACGACUAUCAACCCUUGCCAACCUUACAACAUGCUCCCGAAAAUCCAUUAUUACCAUUGUUCAUUGGAAAUCGCGGUCGAUCAGUUAAAUUCGCAAUUGAGUCAGCUCAUUCAAUCAUGAGAAUUGUACAAGAACUUUCACAUCAAAUUGAAAAUCCAAAUCUCAUUCCAAAAGAUCAAUUAUUAUCAAGAUUUCCUUUAUUAGUUGGUCUCAUCCGUAUGAUGAAUGCCGCUGAAUUAAAAGACAUUGGUCAAAAAUUAUUUGACAAGAAACAACAACAACAAGAAAAUGUCAACGCUCAACUUGCAUGGAAAGUAUACCGAGAUGCCGUUACUGAAUCAGGAACAGGUCCAGCUUUAUUAACCAUUAAAGAAUGGAUCCAAACCAAAAAAAUUAGCGGAGAAGAAGCUGCUGCCAUCUUAGCAUCACUCGCCAAUAAUGUUUCCCACCCAACUGAAGAAUACGUUCGAGUAUUUUAUGAAAUGAGCACCAAUGCUCAAGUCAAAUCGCAAAAAUACCUUAACGAAACUGCCAUAUUAGCAACUUCAGACCUUGUUCGUAUUGCAUUCGUUAACUAUCAACAUGAAAAGAGCCGUUCCUUGAAGAGUUUCCGUAAGUUAACAUCAGAACUUACCAAAUACAACUUCAUUACAAAGGAAUACAUACCAUACUUAUCACAAAUGUUACAAGAAGCUCAACAAAAUGACGACAGCAAAAAAAUCCAAGUAUGCAUUCGUGCUUUAGGAAAUGUCGCACAUCCUCAAAUAUUGUCUGUAUUCAAACCAUACUUGGAAGGUGAACGUCCAUUAACCGAUUUCCAACGUCUUUUAAUGGUUGUUGCUAUGGAUCAUUUGGUAUAUACUUACCCUAAAGAAGCACGAUCUGUUUUAUACAAAAUUUACUCCAACUCUGGUGAUUCCACUCAAGUUCGUGCAGCUGCCGUCUUCCAAUUCAUGCGUACUCAACCACCAGCAAGUAUGCUCCAACGCAUGGCUGAAUAUACACAUGUAGAACCAAGCAAACAUGUUCGGUGUGCUAUCAAAUCAUCCAUUGAAGCAGCCAGUCAACUUAAAGGGCAACAACAUGCUGAACUCGCUGCCAAUGCCAGAUCAGCCAUCAAAAUGUUAAAUCCUGAAACAUAUGGUCAACAAUAUGCUCACGCCAGCCUUUAUGAACACGUUUUUGAACAUUUGAACUUAUACUACAAACAAUACAUGAGUGUUAUGCGAGGUGAAGAUAACAUCAUUCCAAACUACUUGCACUACUCAAUGCACAUUAAUGAAGGAGGACUCUCACAAAAAUUGAUGAGUAUGAAUGCCAUGGUAUCCAGUGUAAGAUCAUUGAUUGCUUUAGUUCAAGAGAAUUUACCAAUUGAAUCACCUGAAAUUGCCAAAGAACAAUCAAACAAAGUUGCACAACAAUGGGUUGACAAAAUCGCUAAACUUUUGAACAUCCAAGUAGAUGACGACGUCAAAGUUGAAGCCAACCUUUUAUUCCAACAUCUUGGUUACAAACGAUUCUUUGCUUUAGACAAACAUUCUUUCGAACAAAUCCCCACAUUACUCCGUGAAGCUUUUGUCGCAUUACGUGAUGGUCAAAAAUUCAACUAUACCAAAUUAUAUAACGAUGAAGAUAUUACCAUCAAUAUUCCAACAGAAAUGAGUUUCCCAUUCACAUUUACUGUACGCAAACCAACACUCAUCAAUAUUGGAGGACAAGUACAAAUUGGUCCAAAUACCAAAGAUAAUGUAAUGUUAAAUAGUGAAGUUGAAUUAUUGUACUCAUCAAAAAUUGAAUCUCAAAUUGGAUUUGUUACACCAUUCGAUAGCCAAAUGUAUGUUGCUGGUUUUGAUAGAAAUAUUCAAGUCCACUUACCCGUCAGUGUACGAGUUACAUACAACUUAAAGGAGCAACUUCUCAACAUGAAAUUGGCACCAUUAUACCCAGAACAAAAUAAUAAAAUCAUUCACUACAGUACCUGGCCAUAUACUUCAAACAUUAAUCUUUUAACCGUGUCUGAUUUAGCUAAACAACAAAGGCAUAUUGUUCAUGUAAGACCACACCAAGAAUCAGAAUAUACUUAUGGACAAGAAAAUGGUAUUGCAUAUCGCAUGAAAGUAGAAUCUGAACAAUCACCCGCUGAAUGGCGCAUUCUUAACAAUAUGGCUGAAAAAUACAAUGUUUUAUCUCCAAUUGUCUUUGUUUGGAAAAGUUGGCUCAGCAAUUCUCUCCAUGCCAGCAAUUUGAAUGUCGAAUAUGUUCAUGAAUUAUCUACUUCUCGUUAUGUAUCCAUUGAUAUGAGCCAUCGUCAUGCUGACCAAACUGAAGAAGUAUCUAAAAAUACCAACUUAGCAAAAGUACCAUUUGAACAACGAGUUACUCGCCAAAUUGAAGCUUUGAAUGUCGUCCGAUCAGAAAUUGAUCGUGCUGUCGGAAAAGUUUAUGAUGUUGCUGUUCAAUUCUCAGGUGAAAAUCAACCAAAAUACGUCGCUACUUUAUCACACGCCAAAAGCCACGCUGAAAAUCAUUUCCGACAACUUUUGUUCUUGGCCAAGUAUGGCAGAAAUCCAUAUCAAAUCUGGGUUAGUGCUGAUACAAAAGGAACACAAUCACCAGCAUUAGACUUUGUCAAGGCUCUCCAAGGUGACUCUCAUCUUAACACUGAAAUCAAAAUGAAAUUCGGAGAGUGUUACCAACGUGGUGCAGAAAUCAACGUAAACGCAAGAUUUGAAAAGAGUCAGGAAAGACGCCAAGCUCUUCAAAGUUCACCAAUGGCUCAAUUAUAUGCUCGCCAAAUGGAACAAAAUAUGCAUCAAACUCCAAUUGGUGCCAAUUUAACUGUUCAAGCUACUUUGAUGGAUAGGCUUAACAUUCGAGCACAAUUCGACCGAGUUGAUGAUGUAACUAGAAAUAUGACAGAAAAAUUAUGGUCUACCAUUCAACAUUUUGGAUACAAAUAUCUUGAAAGAAAUCAAGUGAAUGCCACAGGAAGUGGAAGCACUCAAAAAAUAAACAUUCAUGUUGAAUUCGAACCAGAAAAUUUCGAAUCUGCAAAUAUCACUGUUCAAACACCUAAGUCCGAUGUUGUUUUUAGAAACGUACUUAUUAAGAACAAAGCAGUACGUUCUUUAGUUGCAAUCCGACCUGAAUCCAAUCCUCUUCGUAAUUAUUACGCAGCAAUGUAUCAACGAAUUGAAUCUGAAACUGCUGCAGUUUUAGAGGGUUCAUCUGUUACAACUUUCAACAACAGGACUUACCAAGUUGCUUUAGGUCACUGCUAUCACAUAUUCUUACAAACUGUAAAACAUCUUCAACGUGAAAUUCAAGAUAACGAUUUACGAUACACAAUUUUAGUCCGUGAUUCUGAACAAGAAAAAUACAAGGAUGUUAAAAUCUUAUUUGGAUAUGAAGGAUACAGCCGAGAGUUAAAAUUACAACCAAAUUAUGAUCAUCAAGCACCUUUUUCAGCUGAAAACUCAGCUGUAGUUGUAUAUUUGGAUCAAAACCGAAUUGAAGUGCCAGUUAAAGAUGGCUACUACGUGAAAGACUCCAACAACAGAGUAUAUGCGCGUAUCUAUCUGCAACCAAGUGGAUACUUACGAGUUGAAUUCUCUCAUGAUUUAGUCGUGUAUUUCGAUAGCCUUAUUGUAAAAGUUACACUUCACGAUCAAUAUCAAGGUCAAACUCGAGGUCUUGUAGGUAGAAAUAAUAAUGAGCCAUGGUUAGAUUUCACAUGUCCACGAAACACCCUUCUUCAAGAUCAACGUCAAUUUGCUGCAAGUUGGGCUAUUGUUGACGAAACAUGCCAAGGUCCUGCUGUAGAACAACAAAAACUUGCUUCAGCUGCUCAUUCUGCUGAAAGAAAAACCAUGUUUACCAACGUCAUUAGUGACAAAGAUGCACAUAACCACGAAAAGAAGACCGAAUGUCAUACAAAACACCAAACCAGAUACACCAUUGAAAACAAUGGUAAAACAAUCUGUUUCACAACUCGUGCCAUUCCAGUAUGCCAAAAAGGAUGCAGACAUUCCAAGAACUCUGAAAAAACAGUAGAUGUGCAUUGUUUAAAACGCACAAGCACUGUCAACCUUUACAAACAACAAAUUGAUAAAGGUGCCAGUCCAGACUUCAGUGGUAAACCAGUCACAAAAUCAAUCAAAAUUAAGAUUCCAAUCACCUGUGCCUAGAUUUAAUUGUUUAUAACGCGAAAUACGACAACAAUACGGACUACGAUUAAUAAAUGCUUUGUUUUAAUAAGUAAU